AUGUCGAAGAACAAACGCGGGAUCGCGCAGGAACUGAGCUGCUGUCCCUUGUGGAGCAGCCCCGGAACAGGGAGCAGAUUUGGAGCAGAAUCAGGAUGUGACAGAUUUUUAACAAGGCCCCGAGAGCCCCACCGAGAUGUCUGCGCUCGAACACGGUGGCUACGGAAAGCUCUCGCCUUCUUGGCAGCGAAGCCGAAGUCCGGAGCGCGUCGCAGGGACCCCGCGCAGUCCGGUCCCGCGGUGUCUCCGCCUGUUGAUGCCGCGCGGCCCGCGGGCUCGGAUGCUCGGCGCUCUGCCCUGGCAGCGAUCCCGCAGCCGCAUGAGGCGGUUUUGCGCUGA